CUCCCAUUUUCCUUCAAAUGCAUCGAUCGUAGGGGUUUUUUUAGCGCAAACUGCAACUUCACCAAAAUCACAAAACAAAUCUAUGGAUAUUUUUUCGUACUUCACCUCUGCCAUUGAUACGGAGAAUAGGAUGGGUUUUGAUGACGAUGAAUUCGAGGAUGCUGAAACAGGAACCGCUCUUUCUGUGAUUGCGGAUGCAUUUGAGGAAAUAUCGGAUUUGAUAAAAAAGGGUAACAGUAAUGGGGGUUCCUUUGAGUUGCGUUUGAAGCCUUUUUGUGAUGCGUGUUCUUUGGUCUCUGUGCUGUUUGGUUCCCUUGGCAUCGCUUUUAAGUUUGCCGAGAUGGAAUACACAUCCAAGGUGCGUGAUCUUUCUGAUGCAGCAAAUCUUUAUGGCACUUUGAGUAAAGUAAUUGAUUGUGAUGUCAAGAAUGACUCAGUGAAAUCAGCAGAGAGCCUUACUCGUAAGCUUCGGAGAGUUAGGCAGGGCUUAGAUCUCAUUAGAGAGUUGUUUCUGAAUUUUUUAUCAACAGACGAUUACUCACUGAAAGAAGCGGCUUCAACGGCAUAUAAACAAGUUUGUGCACCAUACCACACAUGGGCAGUCAGAACUGCAGUUUCUGCUGGAAUGUGUGCUCUUCCAACAAGAGAUCAACUCUUGCUGAAUCUAAAUGAAACUGAUGAAUCGGCGGAGGAUGAAAUGAGAAGGUAUAUAAAGGCAUCGCUUCCGGUCAUAAAGUACAUAGAUAAUCUUUACAUUUCAAGGGCCAUCACCUUGGAUUGGUGAUAUACUCUAAUAUAAGAGAAUCUGAAGUUGUUCACAUUUUUAACAUGGAAGACCUCUCUAUAUGUCAUAUUGUGCAUUCUUUCUGUAUAUUGGCCAUUCUAUUCUUUGUUACAAUUAGGUAAUUGUAUUAGAAAUUGCUAGUUUUUAUAUGACCAUUAUUGUCUUUGUCACUCUUGAUAAAGAUUCAUGUACAUGUUGAUUUUUGAUAUUUUCCUUGAAAUUCAUGUAUACUGAGAAUCUCUACCU